UUUGUCUGUGGUAUGAUUAUAAAAGAGAAAAUAUAUGGGGUGUGGAACUAUUUGGGUUGGGGUUUCCAUUUUGGGUACUUUUCGCUAAUCAGUCAGGCAGUUGUACGUAUCUCAUUAUACAGGAAAAUUUGUGUCAAUUCUAACACCGAUUUUUUUUAUUUUGAUCAAAUUAUUAUUCUUCGACAUCCAAAUAGAUUAAACAUGUUUGGAAGGUAAUUCUUUAGAAUUCUCGUUUUUUAAAUUUUUAUUUUUGAGCAUCCCUACAUUUUUAUAAUUUUGCUGGAGGCCUAUUUGUGAUAAAUAUUUUUUAAGCGAACCCAUUUUAAGAUUUUAUAAUUAUUAUUAAAAUAUUUAUAUUUUUUUUCUCAAGAAAGUUUAUUUUUUGUGUAACUUUAGGAAAAAUAAUUUAAUAAUUUAAGAGUGUAUUCAACUUCCCUAAACUCUUUUAGGGAUAAUAUGUUAAUUGUUGCGAAUUAAUUCAAACGAAAAAUAUAACAUUUGAAGGGUUACCAAACAUCAAAUUUUUCAAUGAUUAAAUACACUUUAAAAGACACCACACACUAUUUUGAGAUAUACAGAACAGUCCUAAAUAGCAGCCAAAAAUAUAAAAAAAAUGAUAGCUCAGGAAAGAAAAAAUACAAAAAUGCUAAUACUAUACCCCGUCUAAAGGCGGAGUUGGGCAUCAAAGGGUUAAGCUGAAAAUUCCCAAAAUCGGGCUCACUGCCCAAAUAGUCCCACAUAGUUAAAUGCCACAUUUAGUAUUGGCUAUUAGAAAAAAAAUCUACAUCAAUUUCUAUAUUCUUGAACACUAUAUAUGUAUGUACUCGUCAGUCAAAAAAGGGCCAUAAUGUAAAAAAUAUCUUGUUUUCUCAUUGUCAUUGUAGAUUUUUUUUACGAAAUCUAUGCUGCCUAUGAUCGUAUGUCAGUCCCAUAUUUGCUGGGUUUCCUAUUCAGACAGUUAUGCGAUCGUAGACAGCAUGUUUAUUUUUUUAUAUUUUCAUAAUUUCAGGAGUAGUCAACUUCAACGGCAAAAAUGGCUGUUUGAAGUGCACUAUCGAUGGAGAGUACUCUCAUGUGUCCCGAACAGUUGUGUUUCCCGCACUUCAUCGUCCUCUAAGAACAGAUUCGAAAUUUCGUCAGAAGCAGUAUGGCAGGCACCAUGCUGGGCAAGACUCGCCGGUUUUGAACCUUCCUGGGUUCGACAUGGUGAAAGAUUUUAUUGUUGCAGAUUCACUUCAUUUGUUAGAAUUAGGUGUAAUGAAGCGACUUUUAACAGGUUGGAGGGAUGGCUCUCUGGGUUACGAAGGAAAACUUUCUGCUAUAAAAAUACAAAACCUAUCUGAGUCAGUUUUAAGCAUCGAAUUACCUAAGGAGAUACAUCGAAAAAUGCGUGGCUUGGAUUGUUUGGCCUUUUGGAAGGGAACAGAAUGGCAUUCGUUCUUGAACUACGCAAGCAUAGUGGUGCUCAAGGACAUCAUUGAUGAAAAACUGUACAACCACUUUUUACUUCUGUUCAUUGCUGUUAGGAUAUGUUCCUCUGAAUAUUUCAAGAAAUGGUUAUCUCUCGCGCAAAUACUAUUCGAGAAAUUUAUUGAAGGAUACAUACAAUGCUAUGGCGAAGAAUUUGUGACCAGCAAUAUUCACAACCUUGAGCACGUUGUAAAUGAUGUAGCAAGAUUUGGCUCGCUAAACUCAAUUUCAGCGUAUCCAUUUGAAAGUUAUCUGUUUCAACUUAAAAAGUACGUGAGACAGGGAAAUAACUGCUUACAACAAGUGGCUAACAGGUUACUGGAGAAGAGUCGGAUUCCCUUGAAGAGCAAAGAUACAACAUUCAUCCCAAAAGUAAUCAAACGAAAAAACUCAGUUCACUGUGAAAUACGUCAUGGGCUUGAAAUCAAUAAUGUAUUUAAAGAUUCAUGGUUUUUAACAAAUGAUUUGGAAAUUGUUCAAAUGGUUGACGCCUCAACUACUCCAGACAACAAUAUUCUGAUACAUGGUAAAGCUCUUACUAAUCAAACUGUUUUUUUCAAGCUGCCUAUUCGAUCUUCGGUAUUGCAUAUUUAUGAAGCUCAGAUUUGUAAUUUAAAGAAUUUGAAAACGUACAAUAUUGAAAAUAUCAUAUGCAAGUUUGUUGUAGUUCGCUAUAGCUUGAACAGCUUUGUUUUUGUUCCUCUUCUACACACGUUUAACGUUGAAUAGAUAAUACAGAAUAGUUCAUACCAUCGUUUUUAUAAGAUCAAUAAAAAUGUUAAAAAGUAGAAACGAAUUAUGUUUUGAUUAAGAUAAAAAUGUAACUGAUGACAAAUCAACGUACCAUCGAAACUUAUUUCAUUCCGUCCUCACCGUAAUACUACCUUCAUUACAUGCAGCUUAUGCUUGCAUGCUUCCUGGUUUUUACCUGAAUAAACAUAAAAUAUCUUCACUAACGAAAAAAUAAAACCGUCAACGACCUCUAGC